AUGGACGAUCGCAGCGUGCAGGGUGCGUUUCUGCGCGAGGCCGAGAUGAUGGCGCGAAUGCUGGUGGUGCCGGCACUGCUAUUCUCGACGAGCUUUUCGCGGUCGCUCGAUCUCCUGGACGCCAAGAUCUCCGACUCGCUACCCAAACCGGUCGUGUGCAGCCUUACUGCCGAACUGGUGAUGAUGUCACGACAGCUGCCUGCAACAGCGACAUGGCACCUGCUAGCUGACCAGCUGGUGCCCAACUCACAGGUUCACUUUAACUCGGUGCUGUUCGAGGGUUUCAACGGGACGCUCGUUCCGCCUCCGACCACGGUGAUGGGCUGGUCUGGCGACGAUCGGGCUCAUGCGAGGGCGUACCGAGUUUUUGUAGCACAAGUCCGCCCGCUAGUUGCUGUCACGUACAAACUGCGUGUCGCGCUCCGUGGUCGUGCUGCUCUGCUCCACUCUGUCAGCCACGAGAACCUGCUGCCAUUUGUGGGCGCGGUGACCCUCGGCCCACAGGUGUCACUUGUCUACGCCCGAUGGGGCAUCUUUGCGCCGCUCGAUAGGGUCAUCAACAACGUUGUUCUCUCCAGCUCGCCGGACCGGAUGCUGACCAACAUGCUGCGCGGGAUGGUGCUUGGGCUCGCGGCACUGCAUGGCGCAGGAGUCAUCCACGGUAUGCUUUCACCGGACCACGUCCUUGUCUCGCCGACAGGCACCAUCAAGCUCAUGAUGUAUGGUAUGGAGGCGAUUCUGGCCCACACGGCGCCGCGGCUCGUUGCCACCAAGGACAUUUGCCUGGCACCCGAGGUGGUGAUGGGCGAAAGGGCGAAGCCUGCCGCCGACAUCUACGCCUUUGGCGUUCUCGCCAUCUGGCUCCUCAACGGCCGCCAACCGUUUGCCAACCACUCACUCCACGAGUUUAUCGCCGAAGUCACUGGGCCCGCGAUUGAUUCGCCACCCGAGCUGGUCCUUGGGGGCGACGCCAACCUCAUUCCCUCGCUUGCAUCCGCACUGUCGAUGGCGACAUGUCGAGCGCCAAGCAUGCGGCCAACGGCGCCGACGCUGGCGACGGUGCUGACCAGCGUUGACUCGCUAUAUCAAGAGAGCCACUAG